GGGCCACAUUGGCUGGUCAUGGCAGUGUGGAGCCAGGCCACGGCAGCACCUCUGCUCAACAGAACCCGCCACCUUCCUCUUCUCCUCUGUGCUCAGCGCAUGUUUGCCUCGCAGACUGAGGGAGAUCUCAAAGUGACCCAAAUUCUCAAAGAAAAGUUUCCUCAAGCUACAGCUAUCAAAGUCACUGACAUUUCAGGAGGCUGCAUUAAAAGAAGAAAUCAAAGGUACGCACGGAUUGCAGAUAUUUACCUCUGUCCCCAGACACUGACCAUGCCCUGGCUGUGUAGAUGUUGCUGCUAA